UCUUCCCCCCUGGUGGCCCUUGUUCCUUCCUUCUGGACGGGGGCCCACAGGGACGGGGAGGGUAUAUAGGGCCAGGCGAAGUGUCCAGGAGCAAGACUCCGCAGGACCGGGACUGGGCCACAGGACUCUCCCCGCCAGGAGCCUUGGGACUCACCUUCCAGAAGCCAUGCUGCUGAGGCUGACUCUCACCCUCCUGUGGAGCACCUGCUUGGUAGCACAGAUGUACGGGAGCGGAGGAGGCAAAUACUUCAGCACACCCAGAGACCAUGAAUACGAAAUCACCGGAAUCCGGGUGGCCGUAGGUUCCUUCGGCAUACUGAAGAGUAUCCAGGUGCGAUAUGGACCCUCCUGGACCACCGUGUCUGGUUGCCCGUCAUCCGGAACUCCACAGGAAUUCAUCCUCUAUCCGGGAGAGCACAUCACAUGGAUAAGUGGCUACUACAAAAUGUAUCUCCGGUCCCUGAACCUACACACAAAUAUAGGGCGCUCUGCCACAUUCGGGAAGGACGAUGGCAUGAAAUUUGCCGUCUACCCCGACCAGUUCGAGAAAGUGCUCACAGGAAUCUGUGGCCACUGCAAGCUUUUAGGCAUCACGGGCCUCUGCUUUGAGUGGGAUUAUCCUCUAGAGUUCUGGGACAUGAUCUGGCAAAACAGUACCUUACCAAAGAAAUGAGUGUUCCUGGGUCCCAGGGGUGGGGCUUGGGUCAACCUGGGUCAACGUGGCUCGUGCUGGGCUGACGGCACUGAGGUAGCUGAGCCUGGACCCCAAAUUUCAAUCCACGAAUAAAUAAAGCUUCUGCAAGAA